AUCAAGCACCUAGGCAUGCAGACUGCUUCUACAAACAUUUGUGAAAGAAUGUGUCGCUCUCAGGAGUUCAGUAAAUUCAAGCGUGGUACCGUGAUAGGUUUCCACGUGUGCAAUAAGUCCAUAAAAUCCAUGAAAUUUCCUACUAAAUAUUCCAGUAGUAUAACAAAGUGGAAGCAACUGGGAACAACAACAACUCAGCCACGAAGUGGUCGUCCACGUAAAACGACAGACUGGGGUUAGCACAUGCUGAAGCGCACAGUGCUCAGAAGUCGCUAACUGUCUGCAGCCAAUAGCUAAAGACCUCCAAACUUUGUGUGGCCUUCAGAUUAGCACAACAGUACAUAGAGAGCUUCAUGGAAUGGGUUUCCAUGGUUGAGCAGCUGCAUCCAAGCUUUACAUCACCAAGUGCAAUGCAAAGCAUCAGAUGCCGUGGUGUAAAGCACACCACCACUGGACUCUAGGCAACAGUACUUGCCUGACUGCAUUGUGCUAGGUGUAAAGUUU